GCUCGCCGGCCCAUUGAGGAAAGAUGGCUACAGUCACUGCAAACGGAGUGCAGCAAGAGAAUGGAUUCAGCACCACGAACAGCGCCGGCAGGAUGAACGGGCUUACCAUCGGCCAGAACACCAUUCCAAUGAAGGACCACGACGCCAUCAAGCUUUUCAUCGGGCAGAUUCCCAGAAACCUGGAGGAAAAAGAUCUGAAACCCCUGUUUGAGGAAUUCGGAAAGAUAUACGAACUCACUGUACUGAAAGACAGGUUUACGGGAAUGCAUAAAGGAUGUGCCUUUCUAACAUACUGUGCCAGAGAAUCAGCACUGAAGGCCCAGAGCGCCCUCCAUGAACAGAAGACUCUGCCAGGGAUGAACCGGCCCAUCCAGGUGAAGCCAGCCGACAGCGAAGGACGAGGAGAAGACAGGAAGCUGUUUGUGGGAAUGCUCGGCAAGCAGCAGAGCGAGGAUGACGUCCGGCGGCUGUUCGAGACCUUCGGCCAGAUCGAGGAGUGCACCGUCCUGCGUGGGCCUGAUGGGGCCAGUAAGGGCUGUGCCUUUGUCAAGUUCUCCAGCCACGCAGAAGCGCAAGCCGCCAUCAACAGCUUACAUGGUGGACAGACUAUGCCUGGUGCCUCGUCCAGUCUGGUGGUCAAGUUUGCCGACACUGAUAAGGAGAGAACCCUGCGCCGGAUGCACCAGAUGGCGGGCCAGCUCGGCAUCUUCAGUCCCAUGACCAUCCAGUUUGGGGCCUAUGGCGCCUACUCUCAUGCUGUAAGUCUCAGCCCGGCGGGGGAGGAGACGCAGAUGAUGCAACAGCAAGCAGCCCUGAUGGCAGCAACACAAGGGUCCUACCUGAACCCCAUGGCAGCCAUCGCUGCCGCACAAAUGCAGCAAAUGGCAGCUUUCAAUGUCAACGGCCUGGUGGCUACUCCCAUGACACCGUCCUCAGGCACCAGCACACCCCCGGGCAUCUCUGCCACAGCCGUGCCCAGCAUAGCCGCUCCUAUUGGGGUCAACGGAUUCAGUGCCCUCCCGCCUCAAAGCAACGGGCAACCCACCUCUGAGCCCAUUUACACCAAUGGCAUUCACCCUUACCCAGCACAGAGUCCAACGGUGACCGACCCUCUCCAACAGGCUUAUGCUGGCGUCCAACACUACGCAGCAGCCUACCCUGCCGCCUAUGCGCCAAUCAGCCAAGCGUUCCCCCAGCAACCAACCAUCAUUCCCCAGCAACAGAGGGAAGGGCCAGAAGGUUGCAACCUGUUUAUUUAUCACCUGCCCCAGGAGUUCGGAGAUGCGGAGCUCAUGCAAAUGUUCCUGCCUUUUGGCAACGUCAUCUCUGCCAAAGUGUUUGUGGACCGAGCAACCAAUCAGAGCAAAUGUUUCGGCUUUGUGAGUUUUGAUAACCCAUCCAGUGCUCAAGCCGCUAUCCAGGCCAUGAACGGCUUUCAGAUAGGCAUGAAGAGGCUGAAGGUGCAACUAAAGCGGCCAAAGGAUGCCAACCGACCUUACUGACUCGUCUGCUGUCCGUACCCAGGAUGAAGGGCCACAACACCUUAUUUCCACAAGUGCAGUAAAAGUACAAAGACUUCUUGCUCUGCUACAUAUCAUGAAGGAAGGGUGGUCCCUUGAUCCUGCUGGAAACCCGCCGAAAGAUUGGGUGACUGAGAGAGGGAUCCCAGAGUUGUUUUAUUUUACCUUAUUUUAUUUUAUUUUUUCUUUCUUCGCAAAUGCCUCUUUUUUCCCUGUUUUGCUUUGGCGUCUGUGGAAGAAGAUUUUUUGCAGAGACCAACUUUUUGCUGCUGUUUUUUAGACAUGAUGGGGAAAAAAAAAACCUUUAUAGACUCAUUAUGCUCAAAGCAUGCAUACUGACACAGGAUAUAGAUAAACACAUGCAAACACACAGAUAACAAACCAAACAUACACAUUUAAGGAUGCUACACUUAAAAAUGAAAAAAAAAAAAAAAAAAUCUACUUUGUACAUGUAUAAAUACGUGCAAAUGCCAACUCAAGUACUGAAGCAAACAUAUGCGUGUGCGCACACACACAUACACACAAACACACACACCAGCCUGCUGCCAUUUUGGUUUUUGUGCCUACACAGGUGUUGUGCUCUGUGACAGGGCAAGCUCUGGAUCAAAGAAGAAAAAGAGAAGAAGAGGAGAGAAGAGGAGAAUCCAGGAUAAUUUACAUGCAUCAUUCCUUAGGAAAUAGGGACCAAAGGACUAAACGCUUUUUAAAAGAAUAUAAAUAUAUAAAUAUAUAAAUAUAUAUUUAAAAACUCAUACCUUGUAGCUGCAAGUAUUACAAUUUACUCGUAGUAAAAAAAAAAUCAUUAAAUCAAUAUCCAGUGGCCUACUGUAAGUAUGAAUAAAAGAAAAUGGAAAUAAUGUAUAAAAAAAAGACAUGGAAUCGUAGUAUAGGGGCUGAUCUUUUGCUCUGGAUGCUGAUUUAGCACCAGGUUGUAGAAUAGUAAAGUAGAUUAGAAAAAAAAGUAGAUU